AUGUCGCAACGUCGUGCGCCUAAAGAGGACCAUCUGAAGGUCUCUCUGCCCAUGAUAUCCUCCAACAAAUCCCUGUCGACCAGCAGGCCGCAGCUUCAGACUUUCCAGGUCCAGAAUCGGGAUGAUGAUAUCGUCUGCUCCUUGCAAGAAGAAGUAUCUCGGAUCCCCUCUGCUGCUCAUAGCACAAUGAAGCACCUCAGCUGUCGGCAAACAGAGAUCAGCGGUUGGCAGGUGCAGAUAUCUGAGAGCAUCAGCCGUGCGGACCAGGAAAUCUUUGCUUUGGAGAUGAUGAGAGGCUCUGCUGAGGGCUCCCUCCAGGAGAAGCAGCAGUACAGUCAGCUCCUGAGCAACUGUGUUCCACUUGCUAACAUUAUUUGUGCAGCAGAAAUGAAACACAGCCGCAUCCUGAAUGAGCUGAAAAAAGAAGAAAAACUGACCAAUGAGAUAAGUGACAUGCUCCAAAAGCAGAUCUGUGUUCUGCUUGAAAGAUUAAGCUCUCUGAAGGACAUCCGCACUCAACUGCUGGCAGAUUUUCAUGACAAAAGUGAAGCCGCCCAGCUCACCACCAAAUGCAUCCUGUAUGACCAAAACACCCAGUGCUCCCGUCUUCAUAUCGACCAAUACAAGCCAGUCCAUGUGAAACAUGACAUGUGGCUGUCUCACUGCAAAAACCUGAAGCUGAUAGCUGACAACUUCAUCAAAGUCUGCUGUACCUUCAGAGGAAACCUGCGCUACUCUCUGGCUAAUCAAAAAAUUAACCUGGACCACCUGCGCUGCUGCACAGGAGAUACCCUGAGAAAAGAGAUUCAUGAACUUAUUAAAAUCCAGGACACCAUGACGUGGGACAGGCAAAGUAUUUGUGAUGAUAUUUCUGAUCUGACAAAGGACAUACAGAGAUUGACGGUCCAAAUCAAGAACUGUGAUCAGAAGCUGCAUCAGGCCACACACCGCCUGGAAAUCCUCAAUCAGAGACCCAGACUGGAGCUCUGCCUGGACCAACCUCACUUCUGCCUCACUCUGGAGAAACAAGACCUCUCAAAGAUAACUGAUGGACUAUACCCAUUACUGAAACAAUCUCAACAGGACCUUGAGUCCACACGCAGGCGUCUGAUGAUUCUGGACGACAAACUGGCCAAAAACACCAAACUCCUAGAGGUGGAGCAGAAACUCCAGAGCCUGCACAAGAGUUUCUAUCCUGGGUCCUCAGCACCAAGCCAAGGCUCUGCAGGCCACGUCUUGCUCUAACGCUUCCCCACAGCAGAGCCC